GCUGUCCCCUCUGCCACCAUGAGGAACAUCUUCAAGAGGAACCAGGCGCCCAUUGUGGCUCCUGCCACCACUACUGCCCCGAUGCCAGUCGGCCCUGCAGACAACUCCACGGGGAGCGGGGGUGCGGGGGAGAGCCAGGAGGACAUGUUCGCCAAGCUGAAGGACAAGUUCUUCAACGAGAUCAACAAGAUCCCCUUGCCUCCCUGGGCUCUGAUCGCCAUCGCCGUGGUCGCGGGCCUCCUGCUCCUCACCUGCUGCUUCUGCAUCUGCAAGAAAUGCUGCUGCAAGAAGAAGAAGAACAAGAAGGAGAAGGGCAAAGGCAUGAAGAACGCCAUGAACAUGAAGGACAUGAAGGGGGGCCAGGAUGACGAUGACAAUGAGACAGGCCUGACCGAGGGGGAAGGCGAAGGGGAGGAGGAGAAGGAGCCGGAGAACCUGGGCAAACUGCAGUUUUCCUUGGACUAUGAUUUUCAGGCUAACCAGCUCACGGUGGGCGUUCUGCAGGCUGCUGAGCUACCUGCCCUGGACAUGGGCGGCACCUCAGACCCUUACGUCAAAGUCUUCCUUCUUCCAGACAAGAAGAAGAAAUAUGAGACCAAAGUCCACCGGAAAACCCUGAACCCUGCCUUCAAUGAGACCUUCACCUUCAAGGUGCCAUACCAGGAGCUUGGGGGCAAAACCCUGGUGAUGGCCAUCUACGACUUUGACCGCUUCUCCAAACAUGACAUCAUUGGAGAGGUAAAGGUGCCCAUGAACACCGUGGACCUUGGCCAGCCCAUCGAGGAGUGGAGAGACCUGCAGGGCGGAGAGAAGGAGGAGCCAGAGAAGCUGGGCGACAUCUGCACCUCCCUACGCUACGUGCCCACAGCCGGGAAGCUCACUGUCUGCAUCCUGGAGGCCAAGAACCUCAAGAAGAUGGACGUGGGUGGCCUUUCAGACCCCUAUGUGAAGAUCCACCUGAUGCAGAACGGCAAGAGGCUCAAGAAGAAGAAGACAACGGUGAAGAAGAAGACCCUGAACCCCUACUUUAACGAGUCCUUCAGCUUUGAGAUCCCCUUUGAGCAGAUCCAGAAAGUCCAGGUGGUGGUCACUGUGCUGGACUAUGACAAGCUGGGCAAGAAUGAAGCCAUCGGCAAGAUCUUUGUGGGCAGCAACGCCACGGGCACAGAGCUGCGACACUGGUCUGACAUGCUGGCCAACCCCCGGAGGCCCAUCGCCCAGUGGCACUCACUGAAGCCAGAGGAGGAGGUGGACGCACUUCUGGGCAAGAAUAAGUAGAUGGCCGAGGCUGGGACCUCGUGCCCUUGAUGGACACUGACAAGAUCCAGAGCUAUCAAUACCUCAGUUAUGCGACCUUAGAGGUUUUCUUCAUCGUUUGUGGUUGUGUCCUUGUUUUUCCUUCCUUUUCUCUUUUUCAAGACCAACUUUCCUUUGAUGGCUGUGUGAGGAGAGUCCCCUAAGAGGUGGAAGAGAAGCCUGGCUCUGUUCAUCGUCCCAGGAGCUGCGGUCGCUGCAUGCCCUGCCGGUUCCCCCUCACUCUCUCAAAGCUUUGUUCAAGCCUCACCCUGGGUGAGGCCCUCUCCUGGCGGGAAGUUGCAGCGCUUCCUGGUUUUUGUGCGUUCUGGACCAACAACAUGGCAGCACAUCUUGCUUUGCAACAGCCAAGGCAACACAGUAGCCAACGUGUGUGUGUGUGUGUGUGUGUGUGUGUGUGUGUGUGAGUGUGUGGGUGUCUGAGUAUUUUUCUUCAUUCCUGGGAUG